GUUUCCAUGGAGGCGCUGGUCGGAGAGACAAUCUAUCUGCCGUGCAACGUCAGCACACCGGAGCCGGCCGACAAUGUCGUGCUGGUGCUCUGGUACCGGGAAGAUAAAGGAUCACCCAUAUACAGUGCGGACACACGAGGACGGGACGUGACGUCCGCGAAGCGCUGGUCGGACGACACGAUGUUCGGUGACCGGGCGUACUUCCUGUUCGACAAGCAGCCGGGCGAGCUGGCGGUCCAGAACGUCCGGGAAACGGACAGCGGCCUGUACCGGUGUCGGGUCGACUUCAUCGUAGCGCAGACUAGAAAUAGUGUCGUUAAUCUUACAAUAAUUGUCCCUCCGGAGCGGAUGGUGAUACGUGAUCAGCUCGGCACGGAGCGCACGACGGUGGCGGGCCCGUACAGCGAGGGGGACAACAUAAAGCUGCGCUGUGACGUGUACGGUGGGCGGCCGACACCCACCGUGACGUGGUACCGGGACGGGGUGGCGCUGGUGGCCGACACCAAGUACAUGCCGCUCGGGAAGCACCUGCGGAGCGAGAUCGCGCUCGGGCCACUCACCCGCCAGGACCUGCACACGAAGCUGCUGUGCCGGGCGACCAACCACGCCCGGGCCCACCCGGUGGAACAGUCCGUCCAGAUCGAUAUGAACUUUGCUCCACUGAACAUAAGACUGAUCGGCGCGCACCAGCCGUUGUCGGCCGGCCGAAGAUAUGACCUCCUGUGCCAAAGUGCCGGCUCGCGACCAGCCGCAUCCAUCACCUGGUUUCUGGACGGUGUGCGGCUCGACAAGAGCAAGGAAACCACGUCUGCCGAUGGCAACCAGACCACGAGCACCCUGUCCAUCGUGCUGCAGCGGGCCGAUGCGGGCAAGUACCUGUCGUGCAAGGCGUACAACUCCUACGUGCAGUCCGACGCCCUCGAGGACGGUUGGCAGCUGGACAUCCAGUAUGUGCCCGAUGCCUUCGUAAAGCUGGGCAGCUCGCUGGACCCGAACGCGAUCCGGGAAGGCACGGACGUGUACUUCGACUGCAUCGUGACGGCGCACCCGGCCGUCUACAAGGUCGAAUGGAAGCACAAUAAUAAAUCGCUAACGCGCAACAUAUCGCAGGGUGUGAUCGUCAGCAAGCACUCGCUGGUGCUGCAGGGUGUCUCCCGGACGACGGCCGGCAACUUCUCGUGCGUGGGCUUCAACGCCGAGGGCGAGGGCAGCAGCCCCAUGUUCGAGCUGAAUGUGAUGUAUGCACCGACCUGUGCCCCGAACCAGCCCCGGGUGUACGGCGUGGCGAAGCAGGAGAACGCCGAGAUACGCUGCGUGGUCGACGCGAACCCGCCCGACGUGGAGUUCAAAUGGACGUUUAAUAAUUCAGCCGAGAGCAUCGACGUGCAGGCGAGCCACAUCUCCCGCCUCGGAACAUCAUCGGUCGUCUCGUACACACCGAUGACCGAGCUGGACUACGGUACGCUGCUCUGCUCGGCGACCAACAAAAUUGGCAAACAGCGGCAGCCCUGUGUGUUCCACAUCAUCGCCGCAGGGCGGCCAGAUCAGGUCCACAACUGCACGGUGGCGAACGUGUCGAUGACGUCGCUGGCCGUCCGGUGCUACGAAGGCUUCAACGGGGGGCUGGCGCAGUCCUUCUUCCUCGAGCUGCGCGACAGCCACACGCAGGAGGUGCGCUUCAACAACACCUCGCCGUUGCCGCGGUUCGCCGUGCCGAACCUGCACCCGAGCGUCAUCUACCAGCUGGCGGUGUACGCGUUCAACUCGAAGGGCCGCUCCGAGCCGUACGUCAUGAGCGCGGCCACCCAGCGGCUGCCCGAGAAGCAGAUGAAGGACUCCGACAAGGUGGAGCGACCCCGAUCCCCACUGCCACUGACGCCGACCCUGUCGAUAGCGAUCGGGUUGGCGGCGGCCGUCCUCAUCGGCAGCUGUGCCAUCGUGCUGGCCCUCAAGUUCCCGUGCGGGGCCAGCGGUCGGCGGCACAAGGAUACGGCACCGAGCACGACCGUGCGCACGUCGUCCCCGGGGCCGAGCGACAAGAGCGUGGCCAGCAAGGAUCACGACGGUAACGAGAGCGACGAGAAGAACCCGGACGUCAUCCCGGAUACCAUUGACUCCGACGAUCAGAUGGAGUACAUCAAGCGACGACAACACAUAUCGACGAUCGACACGAGCAGCCCGAGCCGGUUGUUGCUGACGACGGCCGGGGGCCCCAACCAGGCGUUCCUCGGCACCUCGAUGGCGGCCGCCCUGCACGCCUCGCACUCCUCCAGCCUUGGGUACUGCACGUUACGCAACGGCGCACCGCAAGGCUCCAGCUCCAUCACCAACGUGUCGAUGUGCCACGUGCCGUCAACCUUCACGACGUCGUCGCACGCAACCUGCACCCUGCCCCGGCACCCCGUCGGUGGCCUCAGCACCGGCGGCGGCGGUUCCGGUCCCGGCAGCAUCACCGGGGGAGUCGGUGGCGGGGUCGGUCCACACCAUUGGCCGUCGUACGGGGGCACGAUAGCGGGGGUCCGUAACAUAACGGCCAUCUCGGUGACGAGCGGCCCGAACGGCCCCUCGGUGAUGGCGGGCGGGCUGGUUGGCCAGCAAUCGGCGCCGCCGCCCCCCUCAGCCAUCGCCAUGCAGCACCUGGGGCCGGCGGGCCGCGCCCGGGUCUGCAUCGGGCUGCCCGAGGACGAGGUGUCCGCCGACACCCCGCUCAUGAUGAAGCGCGAGAGCACCGUAUGA